AUGACACGAGCCGAGGUGGCAGCUGGCGUCAUCGUCCUUUGCAGGAGCUUGAGCCCCGACGCUCCACUCAGCUUUGACCUCCUAGGUCAGAAGAAGAGCACGGCCAAGCAAGCAGACUUAGAGGCCAAGCAAGCAGAAUUGGAGGCAAAACGCAAGGAGGCAGAGGAGAAGGAGCACGAGAAGCAGCGACAGAAGGAAGCAGAGGAGGAGGCGAAGCGGAAGCAGGCAGAAGAGGAGGAGGAGCGGAAGCGGCGACGAAAAGAGCUCAUCGAGAAGGAGACCGAUGCCGUGAGGCAAGCGCAGAAAGCUGCACAUCGGCCGCUGAAUUCUUACGAGGAGCGCCGAAUCCGCCGGCAGGUCCGAUCUGAGUUUCUGGGAGGCGGCGGACUGCAGGUUGAUGACGGGCACAAAGAUGACUGGGCACAACCUCUCAAGCCAGAAAUGAAAGCCCAGCUGGAAGAUGCCGUGCGCUUUUUCUCGGAGACAAUGCGCGUGCCAGCGGCAUUGAUUGGAUCCGCAGCAUUGGGCAUGCUUUUUCUGCCACCCUGGAAGUUCGGCUGGUGCAAG